AUACAUAAAAUACAUAUAUUAUUAGAAAAAUUGUUCUUCGCUUGUCGUAAAGUCCAAUCGAUAAGACAAGUUUUAAAAAAAUACCACAUUGACACGAAGACUUGUUACAAUACUCAGGUAUGCUACCUUAUCAAAUUUUUGUUUUCUCUUAACCAAAUUCGUUUGAUAAGUUGAAUCAUUCAUUAAGAUUGAAGACAUUAUCUGCAAUUGAAACAGCAACAAAUAUAAGUAGAUAAAGCAGUGAGCUAAUAUAUGCCCAUUCUUUCUUUCCUUCUUAUGUGAUAAAUCAAGGUCAAUCGUGUAGACAAAGAUGAAUCCGUUCUCUAUUAUUAAUCUAAGUACAGAUGAAGAAAUUUGUGAAGUAGAAGAAGGCACAAAAGUAUCAAUAUAUAUACAUGAUUAUUUUCGUUCUACAUGUAAUUUUUAUUGUUUCCAAUAUUGUACAGUGAUCUUGAUAAAGCAAUUGAAGCUGCUGCAAAAGAUUUCCAACAUGAUUCAUCAUGGCGUAAGGUAGAUCCUGCUGCACGUGCUCAAUUAAUUUACAAACUUGCUAAUUUGCUGCCACGUGUUGUGGAUUAUUUAGCAGUAAAAAUUGUCGAAUUAGCAAAGAAACGUAUUAUUGGUAAUCCAUUUGAUUCUACAACUGAACAAGGACCAUAG